AUGGAACAUAGAAGAUUGCGCAAAGGGCCGCUGCCUGGAGGUCGUCAGGGCGCGUCUGGAGCUGGCGCUGGACGCGACAGCAUGCGAACCGCCAGCCGAGCGCGAGGUGCUGCACGACCACCCAGCAGCCCCUCGCAUCCAUCAUCCCCACCAGCUUGCUUGGUGUCGGCAGGGUCUUCGCAGGCCCAGCAAUCGGCACCCGCCACUGGUGGAGUACGCCGCAUGCGAUGGACCAUCAAUAUGAAUUCAAACGCAUUGCGGGCGUAUUUUAGGGCGAAAGGGGGAGAAAUUGGAGGUUUCGCGUAUCGGGCUAGGAUGCAUCGUCUUUUUACUGAGCUGGAGCCAUCUAUUACUGUCACCGAGCAAAACCUGGCAGACCGAGUUCGGUAUAUCUUACGCUCAAAUAUAUUUGAUGGCGCCGAACUCGAACGGCUACGACGUGAGGCUGUUCCCUCAUCAAAUGAAAACGCUACGACUGAGGGUGCGGUGCCACAAGUUGCAGAACAACCCGCACACGUGGAUGCCGCCGAGAAUACCCCAGUGGUUGCUGAUUCAAAUGAUGAUGGAACAUUCACCCAGGAACUAGAAAUAGAGCAAAUGAGGAGUACAUUGGAAGAGGCGAAACGCGCAGUACGCCUCCCGAAAAUCGACCGCGACUUCCCCGCAUAG